UCGACAGCUUGACUCUGCGGUGAAGUCAUACUACCGAGAACCCGAAGGGGGUUCAACGAACAAGGUGUAUUUAAACAUAACCCUUCCAACUGAUCGGCAAGUGACACUCACCGCAAUUCCACCCUAUCACAUCAUACUUGAGAGAAAUCCUGAGGCUGGAAACAACAGGUGGAUUCUCAGAGUUAAUGGGUCACUGGAUGCAGAAACUGUCAGCCAAAUCCAUGGAAAUCUCAGAUGUGUAGGACCCCUUGCACAAACAGGUAUUACAACCAUUUUUAUAGUGGUGGUCGAAGAUGUCAAUGAAUUUUCUCCAAAGUUUGGACAAAACAUCUACACGGUUAAUGUCAGCGAGAUGACACUGCCAAACACCACAGUCUUCACUUUAACAGGACUAGCUACCGACCCCGAUGCGUCCAAUGAACGCAUUUACUACUCGCUGUCGCACAAUCAAAACCCCCCGCUUUUUGGACUGAACACAUAUGGAUCGACACUCAUAACGCUACGACGGCUGGACUUCGACUUCGCGGGGACCAAGCAAUACAACGUCACGAUAACAGCGAAAGAAAAUAUCCAAAAUGGGCUCAAUAGUACCGCACUGCUGAUAAUAAAUGUUCUGGACGGAGAUGACCUUAACCCGAGAUUCGAACACCCGCUGUAUAAUGCCACGAUCAACGAAGGGACCUACAGAGACUUUGUUCUGGACGCGGGUAUACGAGCAAAGGACGAGGACACGGGGCUGUCUGCAGCUAUAGAGUACAACAUCACUAAUGCAUCGCCAGGCAGUCCGUUCACCAUACUCAACAAUGGAAGCCUGGUGGUUAAUGGAAACCUACAACCAGAGACCACAUACACCAUCAACAUCAAGGGGUUUCAAACCAAUCGACCAGAAGAACGCUACGACGACGCUGUUGUGCUGGUGACUGUUGUAGACGUCAAUGAUCACGCUCCUGUGAUGUCAGCGUCAUCGUAUACAGCCAUUCUGACGGAAAACUCCCUUCCCGGCACCGUCGUCAUCGGCGUCAACGCGACAGAUGACGACUACGGUUACAACGCCGCCUUUGUCUACCACUUCACCAACACGUCAGUGCCUUUUGAAAUAGACACCGAGGGGGACAUCGGGAUGGUGAGAGUCAGAACAGGAGCCACCAUAGACAGAGAAAAGCAAGACCAGUAUCUGCUGGAGAUAUACGCUGAGGAGGUGUUCACCUCCGAGAGGUUCAGGAGCGGCAACAGCACCUUACUCAUCACCGUGGAAGACGUCAACGACAAUAGCCCCACCUUUAACAGCCCCAGUUACAGCUUCUCCAUCGACAAAAACGACACCAUCGGCACAACUGUGGGCUGGGUGAAUGCUUCUGAUCCUGAUGCGGGUAACAAUGGGAUAGUGAAGUACUCCAUCCAGCAUAUAACGUCACCUAUAUUCAAACUUAACCCAGAUACAGGGGAGAUAACUGUGAACUAUACACUAGGCGAUGACUAUGUUGGACAAGUGUAUAUCGCAAUCACGGCGGAGGAUCAGGGACCGCCGUCAGAUAGAAGAACGUCUGUAGCAAGCGUGGUUGUUGUCAUCAAUGACGUGGACCUAUACGCCCCCGUAUUUGACUCGCCAACAUACGACCGCACUGUCCCUGAAGAUACAUCAAUAAACUCCUUGCUCAUGCAGAUUAUUGCUCGUGACCGCGACAGUGGCGACAGUGUCACCUACACGGUGAUCAGCGGAGACGACAACAACACUUUCAGCCUGGACUCAAGCAGUGGAGUCCUGACAUUGGUCAGAAGCCUGGACAGAGAGUCGCGUGACCUGUAUAACCUCACUGUACAAGCAUCGGAUGGCUUUAAGAGUUCCGACGCUACAGUCAACAUAACUGUGGGCGACGUGAACGACAACAGCCCGAGGUUCGACAACAUCUCCUACACAUUCUCUGUGUCUGAGGACAUAGGAGUAGGCCAAGACAUUGGCUUUGUGAGGGCCACGGAUGCCGACACAGGGGCCAACAAAGAUGUAACGUACUCUCUCCUGCUGGAGGCGACACAAGUAGCAUCAUUUCAAAUUAACAGCAGUUCAGGGGAGGUCACCACAACGCGAGAUCUCGAUUACGAGAACGAGACUAACCACGUGCUGUUGGUCAGCGCUGCGGAUCAUGGUGACCCCUCUCGCUCUACCACUGUCACCGUCAACGUCGUCGUGAUUGACGUCAAUGACAACAGCCCCAAAUUCGUGUCGACCACAGACAGCAUAACAGUUAAAGAGGGCAUCCAACCCAACUCCCUAUACACAGCUGUGGCUCAUGACUCCGACUCUGGUGACAACAAGGUUAUUGAGUACAGGAGGACUGGCGGCUCGGACAAGUUCGAGGUGAUGAUGAAUGGAAGCAUCAGAGCUACGCAGUCACUUGACGUCGGUAACUACAACGUCACCGUCACUGCCUACAACAUCCGCCCGUACGUCAGCUGUAGCAGCUGUGACAACGCCACCCUCACCGUCAGCAUACAUGUUUCUGAUGUCAACAACCAUCCCCCACGGUUUAACCAGACAGCUUACACUGCCACGAUCAGAGAAGGGCGAGUUGACAACCCGGUACUCAGAGUGUUUGCAUCUGACGCCGACACCGACAGCAACUUCAACAGCAUCACCUACAGCGUGGUAGAAGCCGCCAUCAGGGACAGGAUUUACCUCUCCCCCACUACAGGGGAGGUGUAUAUCUUCUAUGACGUCGACUACGACCCCCCAGCAUCUGUCCAUCUAAUCAACUUUACGGUCGAGGCCAGUAACACAGCCGACGCCAGCAGCACCGACUCAGCUCAAGUUACUAUCUACGUCGAUGACGCCAAUGACAACACCCCUACGUUUGACAAUUCCGUGUACACGUGCGCUGUUUACGAGAACGCGACGACAGGAACGACGUUCGGCUGUAACACGAACGCCACUGACGUUGACUCUGGUAACAAUGGAGUUUUGGUUUACGCUAUUGUUCAGCCAUCGAACGCUCCCUUAAGUGUUGACCCUAGCAGUGGUCAAGUGUCAGUGUCCGGCAGUCUGGACUACGAGGCCAUCACCACUUACAGGGUCAGUAUCCGCGUGACUGACCAGGGCGUGCCUCCCAGAUCAAGUACCUGUCAAGUUGUGGUUGAUAUUCUGGACGUCAACGACAACCCGCCCGUUUUUACCUCUACACCAUACAACUUCUCCAUCCCGGAGACGUCACCAAAGGCGUCAUUCGUAGGGACGUUGACCGCGACUGACCGUGAUACCAACACGAACCUGACCUUCACCUUGCUCAGCCACACUGAUCUGUUCAUCCUGCAGGACAGGGUCGACCUGAAAACUGUUGUCGUCUUCAACUGCAGCGACUACAUCUCCGUCCGCGUCUCCGUCAGUGACGGCAGUCACACUGUAACCACCGACGUUACUGUGAAUGUGUUGAGUGUUAAUGAGCAUAAGCCGGUGUUCAGAACCGGACAGGGUCUCACUGUGCUCGAAAACGCCACGAUAGGCGAUGUAGUAGGAACGAUCCAAGCUGCUGAUGCAGACUGCGGGCCGAACGGGGAUGUGUCCUUCAGCAUCAUAGGCGGGAACACUAAUCAAGCUUUCAAAAUCGACAACUCAAAUGGGGAGAUAACUCUUGAUGGUCAACUGGACUAUGAAGGCAUCAAAGAGUACAGGCUGCUGGUCCAAGCUCGAGACGGUGGACGUCCUCCACGCCUGAGUUUCACCACCGUCAGUGUCGCCGUAGUCGACGUUGACGACAGACCUCCUGUAUUUGACAGGGUCGAGUUCACAAGUACCGUCUACGAGAACUCACCUAAUGGAACGUCUAUUCUCAAGUUGACAGCCCGUGAUGUUGACACACCCAGUGGUCAUCUACAGUUCGGAAUAGUGUCUUCCUCACAAGGUAUAACUGUCAGUACAGAUGGCACAUUGUCUGUUGACGGCGACCUGGACGCUGAUGGUGACACUAACGUCAUCGUUGCCAACGUGACAGUGACGGAUGGCGCUAGAGUGGCUGAGGCUGUGGCAAGAGUCACCAUCUUGGACGUCAACGACAACAUCCCGGUCCUGGCCAUAGGUCCAAGAAACAUCUCAGUGCCUGAGAACGCCCUGGUCGGUGAGGUGAUAGCCGACGUCAACGCAUCUGACGCUGAUCGAUCCAACAACGGAUUUACCUACUGGCUUACCAGGACGGACGGGAAGUUUGCCAUCAACGCCUCCACAGGUGUUCUCAUUGUUGAUGAAGAGUUUGACCGGAGCAUUCAGGAUAACUACAACAUAGGAAUUCACGUUAGUGAUCAUGGAAUUCCUCCCAAAUUCUCUGAUGGUUCUUUGACCGUUGUCAUAAUAGACAGCAACAACGCCCCUGUGUUCAACAAGACCGAGUUUACAUUCAGUGUGUUCGAGAAUGCCUCCCUAGAUUCAAUGGUCGGUAAAGUGGCAGCGUACGAUGUCGACAGGGGAUCCUCAGGUGACAUUCAGUAUUCCUUCAUAUCUGGGAAUACUGACGCCGUGUUUUCAGUGGGUUCCUCCUCUGGAGAGAUAUCGCUCCUGAAAACCCUUGAUUAUGAACAUAAACACAGCUAUACGCUGAUGGUUCAAGCUACGGACAGCUCGUAUUCUCCAAAGAGUAGUACAAGCACUGUUGUUAUAACUGUGCUGGAUAUUCCUGAAGCUCCCCAGUGGCCAUUACCACUCCCUGUUGUAUACAUGGUAAAGACCAACUCCUGCAACAAAUCAAGGCUUACGGCUUUCUCAAGAGACAUCACCUCCAUAACGAACAGUCCAUCGGAAGUGGUGUACCGUCUUCUGAACGAUACCCACGUCUUCUCGCUGGACAACACAACGGGGACGUUAACAGUCGCCGACCCUUCUCUGACCGAAGGGUCAUACGUGCUAGGGUUAGAAGCCUGUAACGUUGACUACCCUGAUCUGUGUACACAGGCCUCGCUGACCAUUGUAGUGACCAGUUAUUCAACAUUGUUCUUCUGUCCUGCUUUCCUCGUGAAGAAUGUAAAGGAGGAUGCAUCGGUUGGUUACGUCGUGGCCGACCUCAACACCACCGUCAGUGACGGCGACGUCACUUACAACAUCACAGAGGGGAACACAGAGAAGAAGUUCUCCAUCAAUACGCUUACGGGCGUGAUAACAGUGGCGGAGCGUCUGGACCGGGAGACGACAGAGCGCUAUGCCCUGCUGGUUGUCGCGGGCAAUGGAACUGAACUGGCACAGACGCAGGUCGUGGUGAAGGUGGUUGACGUACAAGACAGCGUCCCCAGGUUCCCCCUGUUCGAGUAUGACGGAGAGAUACUAGAGUCGUCUACCCCCGGGGACACAGUGUCGAGGAGGGGUUGGACGGGGCCCCUCGUUGUCUUGGCCCAGGAUGAGGAUGAGAACACAGUGCUUCGCUACACCAUCAACGCCACCACAGACACGUCUAACGGUAGUUUUACUGUUAACGAGACAACUGGCGCCUUAACACUGGCAAGGGAAGUCGACAGAGAAGCAAUGCCGGAAUCACUCAAUGACAGAUAUACAUUCCAGAUUGUAGCAUCUGAUGAAAGCAACAAUGUAUCCACCACCGUUGUCGUGGAAGUUAAAGACGUCAAUGACAACAGCCCUCAGUUUGAUAUUGCUGUGCUGAACAUCACCAUUCCAGAGGAUAUCGGCGUUCGUGAAGUCAUCACUAAAGUUAACGCUUCCGACGAGGACAGUAUAGACCAGGGCCGACUGACCUACUGGCUGACCAGUGCAAACACAGAUCCAUUCGCGGUUAACGAAUAUUCAGGGGAAGUAACUGUGACUCGCCAACUCGACAGAGAGACUGUUUCCAGCUACGUUCUGGAGUUGGUUGUUCGAGAUUCCAGAAGAAGAAAUAACACCAUGGUCCUAAACGUCAUUCUCGGUGACGUUAACGACAACACGCCGAGGUUUGAUAACAGCAGCUACAUCUUCGAGGUGGAGGAAGGUCUCGGCGGAGUAAACACAACCACGUCAGUUUCUGCAACUGACCUUGACCUCGGCGUCAACAGUCAGCUGACCUUCAGCAUUAUUGGUGGGAAUUCCAACAACGCUUUCAGCAUUCAGACAAACGGGAAACAGUGUACGUUGAUGGUUGACCAUGCACUGGACCGAGAGGAACCUGGGAACACUUUGACCAGAAGUGACCGAAUCAUUCAACUGACGCUUCAAGUCAAGGACGAUGGCCCCAAACGUCAGUUAUCGAGUACCUGCAUAGUAUAUGUGCACGUGACGGACAUCAACGACAACAGCCCCACGUUUCUGAACAACGACUACGCUGGCAGCGUAAUCGAGAACUCUGUAAACAACACACUGGUCACAAUGGUACAGGGGCUGUCAGCUACCGACCCCGACAGCGGUAUUAAUGGCACCGCAGGGAUCAGAUAUGAGUUGGAGACACCAGGUGUUCCCUUUAGAAUAGAUAAUGUCAAUGGCACGGUGUUCGUCUACUACAGGAACGACACCGACAACAUCGACAGGGAGAAAACGCAAGAGUAUCAACUGGAGGUCGCUGCAGUGGAUGAUGAUGGCAAUGGUAGACGCACCGUCACAAACUUCACUGUAACAAUCACCGACGUCAACGACGUCACGCCAGUCUUUGGACAGCCUCAAUACAGCUUCAGUGUGUCGGAGGCAGCGCCGUUGUCGUUCAGCGUCGGGGAGGUCGUGGCUUCUGACAGCGACGUUGGCACGACGCUCACUUACAACAUUGUUAGUGGGGCCGAGUCAAGAUUCUACAUCAAAGACUCGCGUAAUGGUACGAUCAGGGUCGCUGGUGGACUGGACAGGGAAGUGACCAGCGAAUACAGCUUAAAUGUGUCCGCCUCUGACGGCGUACACAGAGGCUACACCACUGUCAACAUCACCGUGAACGACGCCAACGACAACUGCCCGGUCUUCUCGCCCCCAAACGUUAACUUUGUCAUCAUGGAGGACCAGGCUGUUAAUAUCACUGUCGGAGCGCUGCAGGCGACUGACGCUGACGUUGGUGUUAACGGAGAAUUUCACUUCUUCACAAACGAUACAGUUGCGCAAGGAACAUUUACGGUGACAGAAAACGGAAGUCUGGUAGCCAUAGCCACUUUAGACCGAGAGACGACACCUGACUACGUGUUCAAGGCUUUUGCAUCAGACAAUGGGUCCACUCCUUGUGUGUCGUCAACUACCGUCAACGUUCGGGUUCUGGAUGCCAAUGACAACGACCCGAUGUUCUGUCAUCUCAACGUCUGUAACAAUAGCGCCAUCUACGCCAACAUCCUUGAGAAGUCUCCCGUCGGCACCGUCGUAGCCCUUCCGCAAGUCCGAGACAAUGAUAUUGGCCCAAACGGAGAAGUUACAUUUAGUCUGACCGGAACUGGCAGCAAUCUGUUCAGUAUAGACUCUGAGACCGGGCUGGUCCGGAUAAAAGAACAACUUGAGAUAAACAGGUUGUUUCAGAGGGGAAUCUUGUCUGGGAAUUUCUCAAAUAACGCGACCUUUGAUCUUACCAUCGUCGCAGUGGAUCAUGGGACAAAUCCAAGAAGCAGCAAUGUGACCUUGCACUUGUCUGUUCAAGAGAUCAACGAUGGCGCUCCCACCUUCAGCAACAACGUCUACAACUACACCAUCCCAGAAGAAGAAAAUGCAGAUUAUCUGGUCGGUGACGUGGUCGCAAGUGCCAAAAACGCAACCGGUGUGACCUUCACCUACAGCAUGAUUGGAAGUGUCCAGGCGGAAGACCAUUUUAAGAUCAACGCUAACACGGGUGCUAUCAAGACGACAAAGAAGCUGGACAGAGAGACAAGGCAGCGGUACUCGUUCGCCGUGCAGGUCCGAGACGGGAGGGUGCCGGAGAGGACAGCCUAUGCAGUGGUAAUGGUGACGUUGAGUGACGCGAACGACAACGUCCCCACCUUCUCCCAACCCGUGUAUAGAGUUACCGUUUCUGAGAAUGCCAGUCUUCAGAAUCUGACUCAGGUUACCGCCUCCGAUUCGGACGCCGGUGUGAACGGCAGGGUUACAUAUACCCUCACAACUUCAACAGAUAUUUUUACACUGGAUCCAACAUCUGGCCAGCUGCGUCUAAACGGGUCCCUUGACAGAGAGACGCAGGCGACGUACGUCCUGACUGUCACGGCAAAGGACGGUGGCUCCGCACCAUUGAAUUCCACCGCACAAGUCAUCGUCACUGUCUCCGACGUUAACGACAACGCCCCAACGUUCGUCAACGUCCCCUACAUCGUGUACAUCACAGAGAACAGUCCCCCUGGUCAGGCGUUGGUGGACGUUCUGGCGACAGAUCCGGACGAGGGUCUGAACGGACGUGUGGUAUAUUUCCUCCAACCAGACACAGGAACAGAUGUCUUCCAGAUAGACGCGCUAGAUGGCAAAGUGGCCUCUGUGCGCUCACUGGACUUUGAACACAAAGAGGUGUAUGACUUGACCGUGAUCGCCAAAGAUCUCGGCACUCCUUCCCUGAGCUCCAACACCACCAUCACCGUCCACGUGAACGACACAUACGACACCAAGCCUCAGUUCACACCCGACUUCUACUCAGUGUCUGUGUCUGUAGCAAGCCCUGUAGGGACGCCGCUAAAUCUUACACUCAACGCCGGCAACGGGAACUUCUACUACACGAUAACUUCCGGGAACGACGGUAACCUGUUUGAUAUUGUUCCCGAUACCGGCGUAAUGACAGUGGAUGGGGAUAUCGUCACACAGGGCAACAUACUCCUCACAGUCACGGCGUCGGAUGGACGAACUCCCCCAAGUACCGACAUUGCUAAUGUACUAGUCUCCGUAACGAAACCGGAUGUGACGUUUCCACAACCCGAAUAUCACGUGAGCCUUCCCGAGAACUUGACCCCACCAGUGAAACUGCUGGACCUAAACACCUCUGCAGAGCUCGAGGGAAUCCCAGUGACGUAUACGAUGACCUCACAGACAGAUGCCUUCAUGGUCAACAGUUCCACUGGAGAGGUAAUAUGCGUAAAAUCUUUGGACCGGGAGCAAUCAUCAGAGUACAAGUUACAAAUACAAGUUGCCAUAGUAUUACCUUCCUCGACAAGAUCUAAACGUGCAGCGGAGUCCAAUGUUGUAGAAGUGAUAGUUACAGUCGAGGACAAGAACGACAACCCACCCCGCCUCCAGGCACCAGGCGGGGGGACGCUGGUGUACGGUAUCCCCAGCUCAGCUGCAGCAAAUUACCUGGUGGUUCAACUCAGGGCAGUCGACCCGGAUGAAGGGGCUAACAGUGUCAUCCUGUUCACAGCUACUUCCGGGGACACAACUCAGUUCGGAGUGAACCCUACUUCCGGGGCAGUUCGGUCUCUCGUCAAGAUGGUGUCAGUAACCGCCACGGAAUUCAGUCUGACAGUCAAUGCAACUGACAACGACGGAAACGGUGCUUCCACGUCCUUGAAACUUAAGAUUAUAGUUGUGAAGGAGACUGAGAGAUUUGGUCUGGUAGCUCAUAUGCAACCAUCGGAGUUUAACAGUCUCAAGGAUAACAUCAUUGCGAAUCUGAGUCGGAUCCUGGGUCUGGAAGUACAGCUAGAGACGGUGGAACCACAUACAGAGAACAGCAAGCUGGUCUUGACCAAGUCCGACGUGUAUUUCCAUGCAAUUGACCCGACAACAGGGAAGGCGGUUUCUUUUGAAAAUGUCAAGAGUCUCGUGACGGCCAACGAAGUCGCCAUCAAUGAGCUGCUGGGAGUGUUGAGGGUGUUGACUGUUACCCUCGCCCCGACCAUCACACCAAGGUUCAACAGUACUACUAGGGAACCCUACGUCAUCAGUGAAGCCGAGAUUGCCAUCAUUGUCAUCGCCGGAGUCAUGUUUAUAGGUAGCGUGGCUGCAGUUGCCGCCAUCAUCAAAAUAUGGAAACAGUACGAGGAGUGGAACAAGAAGCAGGAGAAGGCUAAGAUUGCUCGGCAACGCCAGAAGAAGAUGACGGAGGAGAGGACAGUGGACGAAGGCUUCAAUGAGACCAACUUGGAUUCAGACACUGCAGAGCCACUUGACCUAGAUGCUAGUGAAGACUCGGCUUCCAGAGACUUCAAUCCCGGGAUUCAUCUGCGUUCCUCGAGAAUGGCAGACUCGCUGAGGAUGCUGGGGUCGAGACGGAGGUCGGUGAUGUCUAUGGAGGAGCAGGAAAGGGUGAUUACUCUGGGCGAUGAGCACAAAAGUGACAACAUCAUUGAUCUGCGGAACAUGCUUGCUAGUUUGGAGCUGGACAGGGUUAUUCAAAUGUUUGACACCGCGGAGACAUCUACUGACAAGAAAGAACAUGACGUCGAAAGCGGAAAUACACCCGCAGCGCUGGGUGCGCCGAUACCAUCAACAUCUGGAACGAAUACUUCCGGCGAGAUAGUUUCUCAUCCCAACACUGUAUCUGAUGAAGUUUCCCGAGGCAGAGAAAAUUUUGAUACUGCUGGGGCCGACAAAACCAGUCUCAAAUCCAAAAAUGUUACAUUUACGACUGUAAAUCCUCCAGACAGUGGGAAUUCUUCCGACAGUGAAAACCUGGUGCAAGAAACGUUGAGGAGAGAGAAACAUUAUAACCCAUGGCUGGACACAACAAGAGAUGCCAGCUCGGGAGAAUUGGUCACUUCGCUGUGAGGAGAUUGUUCAACAAAGGGCACAUAAAUUGAUACCUGAAUAGCUCGCGUGUGCCUUCAGCAGGAUAAAUAGCGCGCAUAAUGUUGACACAGUUACUUUACAGUGAUACGUGCAAUAUUCACUGAAGUACACCUAAGGCAAACCCCCUUGCUAUUGAUAUUUGAUGAUCCAUAUGUCAUCAGCAUCAUCACCAUCAUCAUCUUCAUAAAAAUGUCCUACCCGAGUAAUAACAAGUACUAUCCCAACAAUCGAACCAGCUGACCGAGGCAAGUCAAUACUAAUCGAUAACGUGUGCCUUAACUGAGCGUCGCUGUAUGGGAAUGUAAACCACACAACCAGCUCGUAUGUUUAUGAUGUUGCCAGCUGUUUCUAAUAGCACUUUUACUGGUGUAAGGGUCCACGGUGGUGCAGGCCAGCCAUCGUGGUGUAUUGUCAACAAAACCAAACGAGUGCAAUAAUCUGUAUACAGACUUUAAGCGUGACGGAGCGUGUUUAUUAUAUUUUACUUAUCAUCGGUUUAAUAUAUCAUGUAUGUGUUGAUAUAUAUACUCUAUUUUUAUACACAUUUAUGAUGCACAUUGAUACUCAAGUACUGUAUAUUUCAAUUUAACUCCUGAUGUGUGAGAUGAAACGCGUCUGAAAUCUGCAAUACAUUUUUUUCAUAUUUGACACACCGUACAUCGAGAAUGUAGUUAUAACGACUCACAGAUAGUCCCUAUGUAUUGGGUACGUAACACACAGCCAUGUUCGGAUGUCACGAAGUCGGGAGUAGUGAUAUAUCGAGACACCAAUCCAUAGAAAGAGAGAAUGGUGGAUGUAUGGGAUUGUAUGAAUGAGUCCGUCGAUGUUUAAUUGAUGGAGGAAGAUGUACCCCGACCUUCAACAUUAUUUAUAUCUUUCAUAUUUUUAAAUAUAAGACUUGCUACGUCGACAUGUGACUGUGACAACAACGUGUGACAACUGAGAGUCUGUGACCAACCGCUGUGUGUGAAGCCUGUGGUUGUCUAUGAGGCAUUGCAUAUAUUACACGGGAGUUAUAACUGUCUGUUUUGAAUGGAUUUUGUGAUGCACAUAUGAUUUGUUUUUAACAUGUAUUUAAAUACAUAAUUAGCUAGUGUAUGAAAGUUACAUGAAUCAAGUGUGAAUAAGACACCCGGCAGCUGUUGACGUUACAAAUUUGUGUGCUGUCAGUAUUUGUUUUCAUACAAAUUAAGUACUUAUUGCGAAAGCAAUAUCAUCUCUUUAAUCCCCUACACUUGUUAUAUUAAGAAUUUCAUCCGGCAGUUGAUAAAAAACAGACAUAAGUAUUUUCUUCAUGCAUUAAUGUUCUUUGCAUAUACUUCAGGAAGAAUGUACUAGUAUUUCAUCAUGAAAUAAAUACGUUUUUGUCGUA